AAGAAGAAGAAGAAGUCUUCCGGUUAUAGCAAGUAUUCAAUCAAGCCAGAGAAAGAUGGCGAACCGAGUCCUUCAGAAGGUGGGCAACGGCCUAAAACAGACGAGAAACGGAGUCCAGAGGAACGGACAAGUCAUACUUACAAUCAGAGUCCUCCACCUGAGACCUCUUCAUGGGUCUGAAACAAGGAUUCAUGGCGCGCAGAGAUCCUAUGGACAAUGAAGAGUUUCGUCUCCCACUUCUGCAAAAGUGCAGAGGACAAUGCCACAAUUUUCCCCUUUGUUUCCAGACAUUGCUAUUGUCAAGUCAAAUGCCUAUGGGGAGAAGAUGGCCUACAUGCACCUUACUUUCGGCACCACCUGCUGGACAAGUUGCAGGAGAACGAGGGAGUCUAUCAGCGUCCACCAAUAGGAACCGUGAGGACAGCUGGUUCAAGUCUCUGUUCGUCAGGAAGGUCGACCCCAGAAAGGAUGCCCACUCUCAACUACUGGCUAAGAAGGAAGACACCAACCUCUACAAAAUACAGUUUCACAAUGUCAAGCCCGAGUGCCUUGAUGCUUACAACAAACUUUGUGAGGAGGUGCUGCCCUCCAUCAACGCUGACUCUCACUACCCCUGUGAGCUGAUUGGCACCUGGAACACAUGGUAUGGAGAGCAGGACCAGGCAGUUCACCUGUGGCGAUAUCGGGGAGGCUACCCAGCCCUGACAGAGGUCAUGAACAAACUCCGGCAGAAUAAGGAGUUCAUGGAGUACAGGAAUGAGCGGGGGAAGAUGUUGCUGUCUCGUCGUAACCAGCUGCUCCUGGAGUUCAGCUUCUGGAACGAGCCCAACCCCCGCCCAGGACCCAACAUCUAUGAGCUCCGCUCAUACCAACUCAGGCCUGGAACUAUGAUUGAGUGGGGAAACUACUGGGCUCGGGCCAUAGAGUUCCGGCAGCAGAACAGUGAGGCUGUGGGAGGGUUCUUCUCGCAGAUCGGCAGCCUCUACAUGGUACAUCACCUCUGGGCCUACAAAGACCUCCAGUCGAGAGAAGACACCAGGAACGCAGCUUGGCAACAUGAAGGCUGGGAUGAGGUUGUCUAUUACACAGUUCCGCUGAUCCAGCACAUGGAGUCCAGAAUAAUGAUCCCCAUGAAGACCUCCCCUCUGAAGUAACCCCUGCCAGCACCCAGGGGAGAUCUCGACUACCAAGCCCACCACCACACUGAUAUGUAGACAACGUAACUGACCAACAGUGUGCUCUCACUGUACUUCCAGGAGUUUCGGCAAUGACAUCAACAUGCUUGACACUUCUGCUUUCACUAUGAUAUCUUUUUUUCUUGUCUUUCCUGUGUCGGCAUCAAAUGUCUUAUUUCGGUUAAAAACGGUCAAAAUGACAUGCGUACAGAAUGUAGAUAGUAGGGCUCUAACCAGACUUGGAAAUUUUAUCAUCAUUAAUUGUAAAUGACUAGCUGGACUGUGACUCUCCCAUACUGCUAGACAGGGGGACGGGAUAGGAAUGGUUUCUCAAUGUAUUACAUGUGAAAUCCAGUGCUUUAUUAAGAGUAGUUGUACAUAUUGAAUUAAACUUCUGAUGAAA